GGCGAAUGUGCCAGUUGUUUCAGUGGUAUAAACGCUGUGGCCACUUUUCGGAGUGUGUUUUGCGGGAUAUCAAUCCCAUUAAUAACCCAAUAGAGGAACAAAAGUAUGGUUCUAAAUCCCCCUUAUUAAAAGCACAAUGGCUUCUUUUUUGUCCUUUUGCUAUAUUAAGCAUUGAAUCACUUCAUGAAGCCUUCCCUGAUAUGAGAUUGAUUUGGGUACAUCGUGCUUUAUCACAGUGUAUUCCAUCAUUGUGUUCAUCACUGGCAAUUCAUAAUAGUCUCUACACGGGAAAGUCGCCGAGUGAUUCUCAAUUAGUAACAUUGGGAGACAAAGUAUUAGGUACUUUUGGGUCUGGAGCUGAAUAUGCCAUUGACUAUCUUGCUGAUUUUGAUAAGAAUCGUAUGGUGCACUGGUCUAAUCGGGAUGUGAAGCGGCACACAACACGGUUAGCGACGAAGACCUUGGACUAUUUUGGAAUUGAAGUAGAUAGAUACCGCCGUCUGCAGAUGAUCAACGGUCAAACAGAGUAUAUAGAAGUUUUUCGUCCUUUGCAUGAUGCACAAAUGCCGUACUUUGGUUUGCAUGAUGGUGUUGUUAGUGAGGUCUUUGAAGAUUAUAUUUAUCAGUUUGAAGAGUUUGCAUAUGAAAAUAGGUUUGGUGUUACGAUUGAAGAAUAUCAACCUUUGGCAGCUCCUGCGGAUCAGCAAUCCCUUGGAACUUUGAGGGUAAAUGGCGGUGACCAACCUUCCUUUCCAUCCUUUGCGGACGGUCAGCCAAUGGAUGGCCACUUCUUACAAGAAAACAAGGGGUUCAAAUGA